UGUAUAAAACAGAUAUGGAAGGUAUCAACAUUUGUACUAGAUUGAACGAGCUCUGUCGCAUGUUUGAAGCUAAUUCUAAUGCUGGAACUGAAACUGAAAAAGUUGUAACAUGUCUAUCCAAACAGGUAUGGAGUCCAAACGACAGGCAAGAGAUUCUAAACCAACUGUCAAAGCUAUUAUUGCAUGGGAAGACUACAGAAACUGUUGCUCAUAUGUUUCAUUUUUUCCUUUUGGACCUAUUAGUACGAUGUCAAGAUAGCAUUGAUAGAAAUAAUUCUGAAUUAAUUAGAAAAAAUGAACUGGUUUUAGUUGCAUUAUCUAAACUAGUUCAAAACUAUCCAGAUGCUGCUAGUUUCUGUUUGAAGUACUGUGAAAAUCAUCCACCAAUAUUUAAGAGAUUUGAAAAUUUAGAAGAGUUGGAACCAGUUUCAAAAAAGAGAAAGAAAACCAAAGAAAAAGAUUGUGAAUAUUCUGUUUUGGAUCUGCUACAGGCAGCAUUUAAACUUCUACUUCACAACAUAGCAUUUUUCCGGGUAAAGUGGGACUGGAGUUGUCUUGUAUCAUUCCUAUGUCAUGAGCAGGAAGAAGUGAGAUGGCUUGCAUGCAGGUGUAUUGCAAGUGUUAGUGGUAUGAGUGAAAUAGAUUUGAAGUGUUUAUUGAAGAAAUAUUUGACAGAGGAGCAAAUCUUAAUCAUGUCUAUAAGGUACUAUAACACACUGCAGACAGGUAACACAACUAUGGUGACAUCAGAAGUCAACAAAGAGCCUGCACAGGAAAGUAUUAGCUUGAAAAUGUAUACACAAGGAAGUUUACUCAUCUCUGAUGCUUGCACACAAGUUACUGCAGUUGGUGGUAUUCUCCUCCCCAGGCUUACUUCCACUGAAAAGCAAGCACAGAAAGGUUUCCUAGUACCUGUACCCUCUUUGAAAAAAGUUCUACGUGACCUGGCAUUGGCCAUUGCAGGUGGACAUGCUGUGCUCUUACAGGGACCUGUAGGAUGUGGGAAAACUACAUUAAUUGAGUACAUGGCUGCAGAGACUGGAAGAGAUAGACCUCCUUAUUUACUGAAAGUACACUUAGGGGACCAAACAGAUGGAAAACUCCUUAUAGGUAGUCACUGCUGUACUGAAGUUCCAGGAGAAUUCACCUGGAGACCUGGACCACUAACAGAGGCUAUGACUAAAGGUUAUUGGCUCCUGCUGGAAGAUAUUGAUUAUGCUCCCAUGGAUGUCAUAUCAUAUUUAGUCUCGGUUCUUGAGUCUAAAACUCUUCUUCUUCCCGGUCAAGCUGAGCCAAUCAAAGCCAUACCAGGGUUUCAGCUGUUUGCUACACAAAGGUUGUUGGUGACUCGUGAUGGUGUUCAUUCUGAAGUUCAUGGACAUGUAUACCAUUUAAAUAACUUAUGGAGGAAAAUUACCAUAGAACCUAUGUCCAUAGCAGAGUUAAAACAGCCAGUUUUGCAGCACCUUGUAGAUCGCAUGUUGGAUGUAUACAUAAUGUUUUCUGAUGGUGGUCACCACAAAGUCAAUAUAUCUGAGUCAGAAGGUGGUUCAGUUCCAAAAUCUGCUCGCAGGCUCAUUUCUACGAGAGAUUUGAUGAAAUGGUGUCACCGAGUGGCAAGAGAGUUUGAUCUGACCUCUUUGAGUGUGGCUCAGGCAGCAUUUCAAGAUGCCCUAGAUUUCUUCUGUCAGAGUUUUCCAGGUAUAAGUCAGAAAAUAUCAAUAGCCUGCAUGAUUGGACCAAAGUUCAACUUUGCAAAGUCACAGGCUGAGUUACUUUGCUGUAGAUAUAAACCAGAAAUUAGUAUUACUACUGAAGAUUUGACAGUUGGUCGAGCAGUCUUACCCAGAAAGCAAAGUGGGCUAAUUUCUUGUCAGAGAGUAAAACAUUGUGUUUUUGCACACACUCAGCAGUCUUUGGCUCUUUUGGAAUCAGUAGCUGUUUGUGUAGAACAUGCAGAACCUGUGUUACUAGUUGGGGAGACUGGCACAGGGAAGACAUCUUUAGUUCAAUAUCUUGCUCGAAUGACAGGUCAUAACCUGACUGUAAUUAAUAUGAGUCAGCAGAGUGACAGCAUUGAUCUACUAGGCGGCUAUAAACCAGUGGAAAUAAAGUUAUUAUUAGCACCUUUAAGAGAUGAGUAUGAAGAACUUUUCUGUGAAACAUUUUCUCGUAAACAAAAUGCCAAGUUUCUUGCUCACAUUAUGAAUUGCUUUGUGAAGAGACGUUGGGAAGAUUUGUUUAACUUAAUGUCACAUACGCUGAAGAAGGCCUUGAAUCGUUUUUCAGAAAAACCCACAGAAGAAACACAAAAUACAAAAGAAAAAUGGUUGAAACUUGGGCAAAAGAUACAUCAGUAUAAAGUACAAGUGAAGCAAGCAGAAAAUGCCUUAGCUUUUAACUUCAUAGAGGGAAGUCUGGUGAAAGCCAUGAAAAAUGGAGAGUGGAUACUGUUAGAUGAAAUUAACCUUGCAGAAGCUGAAACUCUAGAGGAAUGUCUGGGAGGAAUUUUAGAUGGUAACAGUGAAAGCAUGCUUCUCUUGGAAAGAGGUGACAACCAACUACUGAAGAGACAUCCUGAUUUUCGACUGUUUGCCUGCAUGAACCCUGCUACUGAUGUAGGGAAAAAGGAUCUGCCACCUGGUGUCAGAAACAGAUUUACUGAAUUCUACAUGGAGGAACUGGAGGAUAAAUCUGACUUGCGUAUUCUGAUAGAAAGUUAUCUCCAAAGUUUGACAUUAACAUCACAGAUGAUUGAGGGUGUUGUACAGUUUUAUUUACACAUCAAAGGUAAAGCCCUUCAGCACCUGACUGAUGGCACAGGUCAUCACCCUCACUACAGUUUGAGGACUCUCUGUCGAGCCUUGAGUUAUGCAUCAGCCAAUCCAUUUCUGAGUGUAUCUCGAUCUUUGUAUGAGGCUUUUUGUAUGAGUUUCUUGACUCAAGUUGAUCAAAUUUCUCAUUCUUCUGUUGAGAAACUUGUAUCCGAAUAUAUUUUGGGCAAGCAGAAACUAGAAUCUCAUUUCAAACAGCGGCUUCCACCACCCCCUGGUGAUACACAUCUUUGUUUUGAGGGAUACUGGAUUCUUCGAGGACCCAAUGAUCCCUUUGUUUUGGAAAAUUACAUUUUAACUCCAACUGUUAGGCGUAAUCUUAAAGAUUUAGCAAGAGUAGUAGCAGCUAGACGACAUCCAGUCUUAUUACAAGGAGAAACAUCAGUUGGUAAAACUAGCUUAAUUACCUGGCUUGCUCAUGCAACUGGAAAUCAUUGUAUUCGUGUUAAUAACCAUGAACACACUGAUCUUCAAGAAUAUGUGGGAACUUACAGUUCUGAUGCAAAUGGAAAACUUGUAUUUAAAGAAGGUGCUUUAGUGGAAGCCAUGAAGCAAGGUCACUGGAUAAUUUUAGAUGAACUGAAUUUAGCUCCUACUGAAGUGUUGGAGGCUUUAAAUCGAGUACUUGAUGAUAACAGAGAAUUGUUUAUCCCAGAGACUCAGCAAAUUGUCAGAGCUCAUCCCCGCUUCAUGCUAUUUGCUACUCAGAAUCCACCAGGUCAUUAUGGAGGAAGGAAGGUUCUUUCCCGAGCUUUCCGUAAUCGUUUCAUUGAGCUUCAUUUCACUGAAAUCCCUCAACCAGAACUAGAGACUAUCUUGCAUCAACGAUGUGAUCUCCCUUUGUCAUAUUGCAAGAAACUGGUUGCUGUAAUGCAUGAUUUGCAGAUGCGACGUAGAGAAAGUGGUGUUUUUGCUGGAAAACAGGGGUAUGGUACUCUAAGAGAUCUAUUUAGAUGGGGUGAAAGAUACCGCCUUGCUAGCUCCCCAACCACUAAAUUUUAUGACUGGGAUCAACAUAUUGCUGAUGAGGGUUACAUGUUGUUAGCUGGUCGUGUUCGUCGUCCUGAAGAGGCCAAGAUCAUUCAGGGGGUAUUAGAAAAGCAUAUCAAGCGAAAAGUAGACCCUGUGAAACUCUUCACUAAAGGCCAAAAUUCUUCUUCCACAACACAAAGUCUUUUAAAUGAUGUUACUGAAUGUAAACUUCCUGAAAGUUUUCAACAUUUGGUGUGGACUUACAACAUACGGAGGCUUGCUGUGCUAGUUGGUCAAGCACUCCAGUUUGGUGAACCAGUACUUUUAGUGGGUGACACCGGAUGUGGUAAAACAACAAUAGCCCAGUUAUAUGCAGAAUUAAAUAGGAAAAAACUCUUCACAGUCAAUUGUCACAUGCAUUCUGAAGCUUCAGAUUUUCUUGGUGGUUUACGUCCUGUUCGUCACUUUGAGGAGAAAACAAGUAAUAAGCUUUUUGAGUGGGUGGAUGGGCCAUUAGUUUUGGCUAUGAAAGAAGGUGGUGUCUUUUUGGCUGAUGAAAUCUCAUUGGCUGAAGAUUCUGUGCUUGAAAGGCUGAAUAGUGUUCUGGAACAUGAACAAACAAUACUGUUAGCAGAAAAGGGAGAUACAGGCAUGCCUGAUGAAAGCUACAUUGUCAAGGCUCAGAAAGGAUUUUGGUUUAUUGCCACAAUGAACCCUGGAGGAGAUUAUGGAAAGAAAGAGCUUUCUCCUGCCCUUAGGAAUCGAUUCACUGAGAUUUGGUGUUCAUCAUCAUUCACCUUAACAGAUUUACAAGAUAUUGUAGAGCACAACAUUAGCUCUGAAGUAAAAUUGAACCUUGGAACAUGGUGUGGUCAAGCCAUUGGAGAAUUUGUUCAAUGGUUUACAAAUAACAGCAUUGGUAGAAGAUGUACUGUAAGUAUCAGAGACAUCCUAUCAUGGGUGGACUUCAUUAACCAGUAUACCAAAGGAAGUAAGGAUGGAAAUUUCACUGUGGGAUCCACUUAUAUUCAUGGAGCUUGUCUGGUAUUUCUAGAUAGUUUAGGUUCAGGGCUCACAAGUUUUGGAACUAGUAGAGAAAUAAAUAAAGUUAGAGAUGAGAGUUUAAAUUUCCUACACUGGCAAAUUAAGAAGUAUACUGGACAGCAUAAUGAUCUUGAAAGCUGUGGACUCUUCUUCACCUCAGACAAGAAAUCAAGUUUGGAAGUUUAUUCUACACCAGAUACGUUUGGCAUAAAACCAUUUUACAUUUCUGCAGGUUCAAGUCCACUUAGAAGUUUACAGCAGAACUAUACAUUACAUUCGCAUACACCCCAACUUAAUGCACAGAGAAUUCUUCGUGGAAUGCAGCUCUCUAAGCCUAUUCUCUUGGAAGGAAUUCCUGGAGUUGGUAAAACGAGUCUAGUUACAUCUCUUGCUAAAGCUUCAGGACAUCAACUAGUUCGUAUCAACUUGUCAGAGCAGACAGAUGUGUCAGACCUUUUUGGAGCAGAUCUUCCAGUAGAAGUUGGGAAAGGAGGACAGUUUCAGUGGAGAGAUGGUCCUCUUCUACAAGCACUUAAAGCUGGACAAUGGAUUUUACUGGAUGAGCUGAAUCUGGCUUCUCAGUCAGUAUUAGAAGGAUUGAAUGGGUGCUUAGAUCAUCGUGGUGAGAUCUACAUACCUGAACUUGGAAAAGCCUUUUAUAUUGAGCGUGAAACAACCAGAAUAUUUGGCUGUCAGAACCCUCACAGGCAAGGAGGAGCUCGAAAGGGUUUGCCUCGAUCUUUUCUAAACAGAUUCACACAGGUGUAUAUUGAACCACUGACACCAGAAGACCUGGAGUUUAUAACAAAAACAGUUUACCCAGAUUUCCAUGAAAAUGUUAUAAAAAACAUGGUUUCCUUUAAUUCUCAACUUGUACAGGAGGUGGGAGAAAUAAAAACUUUUGGACAGCGAGGGUCCCCUUGGGAAUUUAAUCUUCGGGACAUAUUUCGCUGGUGCCAGAUUAUGUUGAUCAAUCAAGACAAGAAAAGUUUUGAUCCUAGUGAAUACGUCCGACUUCUUUACAGUGAAAGGAUGAGGACUCCUCAAGACAAACAGAAGGUACUGGAAUUAUUCAGUAAAGUGUUUGGAAAGUCUUUACAAAGUAUUUUACCAUCAAGUCAAGUACUUAUGACAAGAGAUUUCCUUCAAGUUGGGCACUCUGUCUUUCCACGUGGAUGUAAUGCAUAUGCCCCAUCAAAUCCUCUUUACUUUUUACAUUAUCAGAUAUCCCCACUAGAAUCACUUUUGGAUUGUCUUCUAAUGAAUUGGAUGGCAAUUCUAGUGGGUCCUUCUGCAGUUGGAAAAACAUCAUUAGUUCAUUUAGCUGCCACUCUGACAGGUCACCCUCUUCAAGUUCUACAUGUGAACUCGGAUAUGGACACAACAGAACUCCUCGGAGGAUUUGAGCAGGCUGAUUUGACACGCCCUAUAGAAAGAAUUAGUCAAAGCGUUGAAUUGUUACUUCACCAGACUGUUAUCUCCUUACUCCUUCAACCUAGUGGUGAUGAGCAGAAUGGUCAAGCUCAAAAAUUACUACUUAACUGGGCAAACUAUCAAAAACUGUGUCAGACUAGAGCAACCAUUGUAAAUGAAGAGGAAGUGAAACUGCUUAAGCAAAAAAUAGUUGUUCUUAAAACACUAAUUCAAGACCUUGAAAAAUGCGGAGUUAGUAGAGAAGAACUGCAAGUUUUGGUAAAAAAACUCACAGAGUUGGAGAAAACCCUUGUCACACAAGGAGUGGUAUCCAGUGGAGGAAAGUUUGAAUGGGUGGAUAGCAUCCUAGUGUCAGCUCUGAAGAAUGGUUAUUGGCUGCUCAUUGAUGAUGUAAACUUUUGUAGUCCUUCUGUUUUGGACAGACUGAAUGGCUUAUUAGAGCCUGAGGGAGUACUGAUAAUGAGUGAACAGGGAGUAGUAGGAGAUCAAGUCCCAGUCAUUACGCCACACCCAGACUUUAGAAUAAUUUUGUCUAUGGACCCGAAGAAUGGUGAAAUUUCAAGAGCCAUGAGAAACAGAGGAGUUGAAAUAUACAUGUUAGGAGAGGAAGAAGGUGGUGGCCCUGAUUCCUGGGACAUGAAAGUUUUGCUGAAAAGUGUUGGAUUAACAAACUCUCAGUUACAAACACAUCUUAUUAUUAUUCACCAAAGUAUCGUUGAUAGGCAAAAAGGAUUUGAGAGACCAACACUCCUUGAUCUUCUACAGUCAGCUGUUUUGUGUGGUCAGCAUAUUCAGAGAGGAAUUGACCCAUGGUCAGCUUUGCAAGAAGCUUGUGAAAGUGUAUAUGUGAAAGGUCGAUUAAAGCAUACUGUCAGACAGCAAGCAACGAUUAUUAUCAAAGACUAUAUAGAGAGCCAUUCAACUCACAGCUUCAACACCAUACUUCCUGUUGAGUCAAACCACGCCAUCACUACCAUACUCCCUGUUCAGUCAGGUUGUUAUGACAGCUGCUUUGCAAAUAUACAAAAAGAAGGAAGUUUUUUGGUGUACAGCUUAGAAGAGCUUGCUGAAUCCAAUUCAAGCUUUCUAGAUGCUCCAAAAAGUGUCACAGAACUGAGUUAUCCAGUAGAAGAUAAUGAUGACUGGCAAGCAGUUCUUUCAGUGGGAACCUUAAUUUUCUUGGAAACAGCCUCUGCAGAAGACUGGAAACUCCGUCACAAGUGGUUAAACCAUUUACUAACAUCAAUGUGUACUAAGAAUUUAAGAGAAAAGCAUGAAUUGCUGAGUCAGUUGAUGGACUUAAAUCAACAUUUAAUAAAUACCUUUAUGUCACCCAUUGUGGAGCAGCUUUCACAUGUAAACAGGGAAUUUGUUUGUGUGGCAGAUAAAUCUAUAAGAAAUUCAGUAGAGCAGCUGCCACUUGACUUGAGACAUUGUCCUUCACUCCUAAAGAAACUGCAAGGCCCAAUUGGCUGGUUCUGCCCUAAGUCACAUUUCCAACAUCUAGAAUUACUGUGUACAUCAGCAGCAAAUAGGUUUUCACUUCUUAUGUGCUUCUAUGGCAACAACACCAGAAAAUACAUACCCACAAAGAUGGGUUUCUCAUCUUUGUUUGAGGUAUCACAAGCUGUUAGAGAAGGACACCUGUCAGUGGAUACAGUGCCUCAUCCUGUCUUGUGUCAUCUUGUUCCGUUUAUUUCUCUGUUCUCUGAGAAUGUUGAAAACUUCCUUAAAUACAGUAGUCAGUCAUGUAGUAACAGUGAUUUCUGGAGGUGGAAAGAAGGCCUUCUUUUGUUUGACCACUUUUGCCGUCUUUGUCAAGAACAUUACAAGCCAAAGAUGCUAUGUGUUCAACUGUCCCUUUUAGCUUUGCAUUGGCACUGGAUGAAAAAGAAAAUUCUUCCAUUAUUUACUGUGACUGAUCAGGCAAACAACAGUUCAUAUCAGCAGCUGAAUGUAAUGGUUUCACAUAUUGAGGCUGAUCUUGCCUUGAAGCUCCCUACACAUCAGAAACUGUGUUCAAAAGUAAGACAGAUUAUUGGAACUCCUCAUCCAUUCCGGUCCCAGCAAGAAGCCAAUUUAUAUUCAAAAGCAGUUCGAUUAUCACAGCACAUCCUGAUAUCUGAAAAAGAUCUCUGUGAAGCAGGAAGAAACCUACAGAUAAAAAUAACCCUAGCACCAGACUGGAUUGAGAAGCUGACUAAAGUUGUAAAGCUUGUCCUCACAUCUAAUGUCAACCUUGAGAAAGCACAAAAAUGUUUGGAAUCUGUUGAAGCUGAGAUGCAAAGUUACAGUGUACUUCCUCUAAAAAACAACAAGGCUUCAACUGAAAUAGCUGUAACUAUGGAAAAAAGCUCCUAUGGAAUGGAUGAUUUUCAAGGAAAAGAUAUUUCUUCUAGAUUGCAGCUACUUCCUCUGUGGGAUUUUAUUUUUGUGCUUCAAGAAGGAAAGAUCUUAAAGCAUGUAAUACAGUGUUAUCAUCAAGGUAUUGUUGAUGUAAGAGACAGAUACAUCAGUGAUAUAAAACAGCUAUUUCAGUAUUGUUGUGGAUUAGUAUCAGCAGAAAACAUAGCUUUGUUGAGUUUUCUAACUGAACAACAGCAAGUACAGCUUUCCAACAUAGUGACUCCCUUAUAUCUUGAGUAUUUUUUACACUUGCAAAAACAUCAGUGGAUUAGAGAGUGUAUAAAUAGCAAUAGGAGACAAGUUACUGAAGAAGAACAAGAGACACUUGUCUGUGAAACAAAUAUAUUGAAAAACUAUAAGAAUGCUGUGACACACAACACUCCUGUUUUGCUUCUUUCCUAUGAAACAUUGCUGAAAGACAACAACUUAAACUUUUUGUCCAGUCAUACUGUUCUAAAUGUUAGUCUUGAUUUGUGGGAUGAGAAGGAAAAAGAGUUGGCUACAGCUGCUUGUGUUCUUUGGAGAAAUGCAGCCACAUUGGAAGAUAUGAUUUCUUCUCAAAGAUUGGAGAGUGUUGGUAUUAUAGAACAUUGGUUCCAUAUACUACUAUCAGCAUUAUGUCAGUAUGCUCAUAUGGCACCCUUUGAAUAUCUGCCAUCACAGGAAGAUGUUGAUAUUUUAAAUCAGAACAUUGAACUACCACAAGAGUUCUGUGAGCUCAUCAAAAAGUCAGCAAGUUCAAUAACAAAAUUAAAACAAACUAACAUGAAAGAUGCUAGUGCCCCAUGGGAACUUGGAUGUGCUUGGGUUGAUGUUGGACUGAUGACUUCAAUGUUGUUGGCACCUUGGGAAUCAGUUGAUCCUGUCCACAAGAAUCAAGUGAAAUUACAGUAUCUUAGGGAAGAGCUGAAAAACAUUAUUAUAAGUCUGACAGUUCAAAACUGGAUCUCGAAAAAUUCAACUGGAAAAGAGCUGCAAGUUCGUAAUCCAUGUGAUCUGCAUCCCCACACUUGCCAACUGAACAACAGACAGCAACAGUUAAAAGAGAAAGUUGAUGAUUUAGAGAGCAAGAAUGCCUUUCGACCUUCUGCUUCUCAGUUUGAGAAAAUGAUGAGUGAGAUCCAUCACUACUUGUCAACUAUUGGAGCUAACGAGACAAUAAUGUCUCUUCUAUCUAAACUGAAAAGUUUGAAAACUUCCAUAGAUUCUGAGCAGAUAAUAAGUCAUGACAGAGCACAACAAGAUCUUGGUCAGAUUAAAACUUGGAUCAGUUCACAGCAAACAUUCAUUAAGGGAUUGCACAAGAAUUAUUUGCUGUACAGAGACCUAGUGCUUCCCUUCACUGUAGGAGUUUUACAGGUUCUUCAUGGAAUAGAAAACUUAGCUUCUAUUCUCGCUUCAUUGUUAACCAAAAAUAUGCUUGGAAUUAAGGAGUCAUUUCUCUUGGAGUCUGACUUUUCUACUACCACCUGCUUCCCUUACAUCAGUGAUACAUGUAACAAUCCUCACAAGAUGAGUCUAGUAACAGCUAAUGGUGAACUUCAACAUGUUGCUAGAAAACUCUCAACUCUGUCCUCAUCUGGAUGCUCCAUAAACCAAGAUGUCUGGAACCUAAAUAAAGCUUCCUUAUUGGAAAUUAUUAAUUAUAUAAGUUGUGCUGUGUGGGAGGAACAUCCUGUGGCUUUCAAAACUGCAAAACUCAUUCUUUUAAAGCUUGUGGCAGUAUGGAAUGAACAAGAAAAAAACAGAAUAGCAAAGCAGGAAGAACAGGAAAGUUUAUUUGAAUAUAAAGGAUUUAAACAUGAAAAUGAACUUCCAGAUGAAGAAAAGGACAGUCAGGAAAUUAUCAAACACUUUCCUACAUAUAAAGAGGACUUUGCAGAUCUGAUGUGUUCCCCAGCAGAAGCUUUGAACACAACAAGAGAGAAUCAAGCAAAAGAUGAGAUGGUUCACAUGACAGAUCAACAGUUAUCUGAGGACCAGAUGUUAGAAGUUUUUUACAUCCACAACCAACUAGUGAAACUACUACAGAAGUCAAAAUCAUCACUGUCUCCAGAUUUUGUUACCCCAUUUUUGCUGCGACACAGUGUGGUAACUCGUAUAUCUGAAUCGAUUGGCUUCAGUUUAGAUGCACUACUAGACAAAGACCUUAUUGGUGGAAUUGUAACAUCAUUAUCAAUUAGUCGUAUGGGCUUUCUUCCAUCAGAUCAGCAAAUGUUCGAGACAUCAGUAGCAGCAAAGGAAAGAGGAUGUUAUGACAUCUAUCAAGAUCCUAAUCCUUCUCAGGUUCUAUGCUGUCGGUCCACUUUAGAAAGAUUUAGGAGUCGGGUCAAAUUGUUGCUGGAAACAUUUGAGGACCAUCCAACUCUGAAGCAAAUUUUAAAAGUUAUUGAGCGAAUUUUAAGCUUCUCGGUUGCAAGUCCUCUAAUGAAGUUCAUCACAGGUUUGGAACUGCUUCUGUCCACAGCACAGGAUUGGGAAGUUAAUGCUCACAAAGGAGUCUCACUACACAGUGAAUUGGAAGCAACCACAGAAUUGGUUAUUAACUGGAGGAAGCUGGAAUUAAAGUGCUGGUCUCAGUGUCUAGAUAAUGUACAGAACAAGAAGCAGGAUUCUUGUGCUAAAUGGUGGUUUCACCUGUAUUCUUUACUCUCUUCUGUGUUGGAUUUUGAUUCAAAGGAAAAAAACAAUGAAACAUGGAAUGAAGAGCAAAAGAUAAAUAUAGUUCAGUCUCUGCUUCACUUUAUAGAAACAUCCACACUUGGAGAAUUUGAAGGAAGAUUAAAACUGCUUCAAACUUUCAUUUACCAUAUGAAAUCCUGUGACAAAAGUUCUGCUCAAGAAAAUCUCCUUGCCAUUUUUUCCAACAUUUAUCAUUUCUAUGGACAAUUUUCAAAGACUGUUUCAUCAAAGAUUUCAACAGUGAGAACACCAAUUGAAAAACAAAUCAAGGAAUUUGUCAAGAUUACUCGUUGGAAUGACAUCAACUUUUGGGCUGUUCGUCAGACAAUUGAGAAGUCACAUCGAAUGGUUCACAAACAGAUGAAGCAAUUAGAUAAAGAACUGAACCAACCAGUGAAGCCCGUCUUUGAGCCAUGUAAGGAUGUGAACUUGGAUACAACUUCUGAAAUGGGAGUUUGGAUUUUUAAAAUAGAUUCAACUCACUACAUAACAGCAAAUGAGGGUAUUCUACUUGACCCUGAAUUGGAAAUUCCACUUAAGGAUUGUCCUAAGUUGUUUAAAAGAAUGCAGAAGGUUGUAAAGAAAAUGGUGACCUGUACAUCUCUUCAUUCACACGUAUCUUCAUUGAAUUACUUCAGCAAUGAGAUUGUGAGCACUGUUAAAGAGCUUGAAGCUCUAGAUGUACCCAGUGAUAAAGAUAAAGAAAAAUGGAAAUCCAAGGCCCAUCACAUUCACCAGAGGAAACGUAAAGCUUUGAGUGACUUAUUCAAAUCUCUAACUCUGAUUGGUCUCUCAUUCAGGAAAGGUUCCACGUUUUGUAAAGAUUUUAGCAUCAGUGAUUUGAUGAUGAACACCUUCAUUGAUGUUGAAGCUAGUUUUGAAAAUAUAGUUCAUGAAAGGAAGACUUGUGAUUAUACAAUUCUUGACACUUGGAGUGGUUCCCAUCAUUACUUCUACUCUUCCAUUUCUCAGUUAGCUGUUUUUCUAGUUGCAAUUCAGCAUCCUUCAAAGGAGCUCACUGUUGGGAUUAUAGAUAGGUGCCGUGGGUUUGUAGGUCACCUCCUGAUGCUGGUGUUGGCUCAGAGAAGAGAUCUUUCUGAAUCAGUUAAUGCACUUGUAUGUCUCAGGAAUCAAGUAGACCAUCUUUUGAAUGCAGCCAAAGUUGUGCAGGAGGAUAAAAAUCACAUUCAUCAUGCUUGUCUUCCAGUACAGAGUGUAUUUUUCAAGUGGAAGAACAGCUUAAAUGAUGUGUUGGUUCAAACUAUUGCCUGUAUCUACCAGUACAAAGUGUUUCUCCAGUGUUGUCCGACACAAUCAGAUAAUGAGCCAUGUAUCACUCUUGGCUCAUCAUCAGGCUCAUCUUCACUGCUGGGUGCUUGUCGUGAUGACAGCAAGUGGUGUGAAGCUUUACAACUGUUGAAUAAAAGUCUGGCUGUGGCUGAGACUAAUAGAAACUUUGUUAACAGAGAGCUCUCAGGUAUAUCAAUUUGUACUUGGAAACAUUACCUUAUUUUACAGGACUGUUUUAACAAUCUUCUUGAAAUAAAUCAGCUGUUGAUGAAGUUUUCAUCAUUAUUUGAUGAGGAUGGACAACAAAGCAACUGUUUCAGCCAGUCAGCUCUUAGUGUCUGUAGGGAAAUUCAUUGGAUGAUUCCAAAGUUUAAAGAAGAAGUUAGUCAGGUUAAUCACACUUCAUUAUUCAAGAACAUCCACUCUGAUCCAAACAGGGAGGUUUUUCUUGCACCCCACAGCAAACAGUGGUUAAAACUGAUCGAGAAACUCAAGGUUAAAGCUCUGUAUUCUGUCCAGGAGCUCUACAGGAAUAUUUCUGGCACUAAUAAAGAACAAGAUACUCCAAAAGAAGAAGAUGAUUUACAAGAUAAACACUUAACAGAAAAACUACUGUCAAGAUUAAAAGAAUAUUUCAGUCUUUUGAAUGUUAAUGAAAUUGUUCGUCUCAUUAAGAAGUUAGUUAAAUACUUGGAAGACCUCUGGAACAGAAUAGAGGACCCUUUUGUUGUGGACAAAUUAACUAGAUGCACCUUCAGCGUUGUUCCUUUAGUAAAUCAGUAUGUUACCCUACUACAGUACUUUGUCACAGUCCAGGUAGCAGCUCACAGGACUUCUUGUAAGCUGCUUUACAUACUUUUAUCAGUCUUUACAAAUUUGGCUAAAAAGGGAUUCUGCUUACCUGCUGAGCUAAGUGAGGAAGUUCAAGGAGAAGGAGCUACUGAGUUUAAGGAUAUUGAGGAAGGAGGACUUGGAGAAGGAGAAGGAGUCAAAGAUGUCAGUGAGAAACUAGAGAGUGAGGAUCAACUUGAAGAUGCCAAGCAACAAAACGAUGAAGAGAAGAAAAGUGAUAAUGAAGAUAAUGUGAAGGAAGAAGAACACGGAGUAGAAAUGUCUGAUGAUUUUGAUGGAAAAGUACAAGAUAUUGAACAGAAAAAAGAUGAAGAUAAUGAUAGUGAAGAGAGUGAAGAAGAUGAAGAUGAAUUAGAUAAGCAUAUGGGUGAUCUUGAGGAGGAAGAUACAGAAAAACUGGAUGAAAAGUUAUGGGGAAGUGAUAGUGAAGAAGAUGAUGAUGAUGAUGAUGACUUAAAGGAGGAGGGUUUUGGUUCAGGAGAACAACAAUCACAACCUCAGCUGGUAGCUAAGGAAGGUAACAAACAGCCAGAACAAAAUCAGUCUGAAGAGGAGAAAGAAAAUGCUCCUGAGAAAGAGGAAGAAACUAUCAAUCCUCAAGAGGGGGAGUACAAAGGAGAACAACCUGAUCCAUAUAAGACCCAUGAGAAAGAUAAGGAACCUGAACCCAUGGAACUGUCUGAAGAUUUACAACUGGAUGAUGGGAAAGAAGAUGAACAAGAACAGCUAAACAAUAGUGAAGAAACAAAAGGUGCAGAUUAUGAUGAAAAUGAAGAAAAAGAGAUGGAAAGUGAUAAAAACGAAGAAUUACCUGAAGAAGGCAAUGACCAAGAUAAUGUAGAAAAUGAAGACAAAGAAGGUGACAAGAAAGAAGAAGAGAGAGAAAAAUCUCAAGAUGAUUGUGUAAAAGAUGAGGAACAAAGUGGUUUAGAAAUCCCAGAAGAUGAAGAAAAUGUAUCUGAAGAAAAGUCUGCACCUUCACAAGAUCAAAACCUUUCUAAAGAAGCAAUAGCUGCUGAGGACAAAACAAAAUCUGGAUCUGAAGAUAACAUUCAAGCAAUGCAACCAGAAAACAGCUUACAGGAAGGCCAAGGAAACCAACAGGAUGAUAACCUAGGUGUUGGCGAAGCAUUUAAUAAAGAACAGGCUCAAGGACACAUAGGAGAUAAUUUAAUUUCGGUACAAAAUACACAAAAUUCAGAAAAUAAAGAACCAUCAAUUCCACAUUCAUUGCGGCCAAAAGGAGUCCAACAAAUGCGCACAUUAGGAUCCAGUCAUGACAAACUUGAAGAACUGAACAUUUUGGACCUUGAAAACAAGAAUCAGGACCUUGAUUCCAAUUAUAAGCAACGUUCAGAUGCAUACAAGCAUGUAGAAAAUUCUGAUUCCAGAUAUGAUGCAGAAACUAUUGACCUUGCCACAGAAGAAGAGGCUGAGCAACAGCCUGUUCCAUCACAAGAAGGUGAAAAGGAUUCCUCAUGUAAUGAUGAUUUUAUGAAUAUCCCACCAGACCAAGAAAUAGAUGAAGAUGUUUCAACCAAUAAACAAACCCUAUUAAAGCCUGAAGAUGGGAAUGAAAAGGAAAAGUUUGGACUGGACCAAGAAAAGGAAAGUGACAUAGAAAAUGACAUGGAAGUGGAUAUUCCAGGAGAAAUGGUGCAGACUCACGGAGCAAGUCGAGGCCCUGAUUCUACAAUACAUUCUAAUUAUGACUUAUGGUCAUCAAUGAGUCACUCUAGUUCAUUGGAUCAGUUAAGAGAAGAGUUAGAGACCAAAUUAACCACUCUGUCCGAGUCAGUGUUGGAAGAGAGAAGUGAAUGCUUUCUUCAGGAAGCGCAGGAAGUAUGGGAGCACUGUGAGAAAGUAGUAGCUCCACUUGUCCAAGAGCUAUGUGAACAAAUUCGUCUUGUUCUGGAACCUACCAAGGCUGCAAAAAUGAGAGGAGACUACAGAACAGGGAAGAGGUUAAAUAUGCGUAAGAUUAUCCCAUACAUAGCCAGUCAAUUCAGAAAAGACAAGAUAUGGCUCCGUAGAACAAAACCCAGUAAAAGACAAUACCAGAUUCUUAUGGCUGUGGAUGACUCCUCCAGCAUGGCUGCCAAUCAAUCUCGAGAGUUAGCUUUUGAAUCCUUAGCUCUUCUCGGUAAAUCGUUGUCUCUGCUUGAGACUGGUGAACUUGGAGUCAUGAGUUUUGGUGAAUGUGUACAGCUUUUGCAUUCUUUUGGUGAAACUUUUACAGAUGAAGUAGGGACUCAACUGGUUCAGAAAUUUUCAUUCCAACAGAAAAAGACAAGGAUUGCUGAGCUUCUAAGACAAGCAACAAGCAUGAUGAUUCAGUCAAGGAUAUCACAGUCUUCACCAUUUUCCAAAGAAAUAGCUCAAUUAUUAGUAAUUAUUUCUGAUGGUAGAGGUUUAUUUAAUGAAGGAGAGGAAACUGUACGGCAAGCAGUUAGGUCGGCUAGAGAUAAUCAUAUCUUCACAGUGUUUUUGGUGCUUGACAAUCCUCAGAAUAAGGACUCUAUUUUAGACAUCAAGGUACCCAUUUUUAAAGGUCCUGGACAGGUAGAGAUCCAGUCUUACAUGGACAGAUUUCCCUUUCCUUUUUACAUCAUUUUGAAAGACAUUACAUCCAUGCCCUUGGUGUUGGGAGAGGCUCUUCGACAGUGGUUUGAAUUGGUUACAAACACAGACAGAUAAUUUCUAUUCCACUAACAUGCGUUUUUUGUAAAAAAUACCAACUCCUUUUGAACAAUUUGGAAUUGAAUACCAUUCUGUGUAUAACCUUAAAGUAUUGUAUUGUCUUGAAGUGGAUGGGACAUGACAUGGAACGUGAUGUGCCAAGAUUUAGUGGAUUAACUUAGCUUCAUAACGUUAAACUUUUUAAAACCAGUUCUAUUAUUUUAAUAUCAGUGUGUUUUGUAUCAUGCAUUUAAGAAAAGUAACCCUUGUUGGCAGUUUCAACUAUAUAAAUAAUUAUAAGUUAUGAUGUUUGAUAAUUUAUUGAUUCUUGACCAUACAGAUUUGUUGAAUCCGGUAUUGUAAACAGCUGGCACUUGAUGUGAUAACUAAGUUCUUUUUCAAGCCUAUCAAAGUUACUUUGUUUUUAGUUUAUCACCAAAGAAGAUUUUUGUAUAUUGAUACGAAUUUCAAUAAACAUAUUAUGUGGCUUUUAAAA